GUAAACUUUAAGGAUUUUCACAUUUUGAAUGUGACAAAGAUUUCAAAAUGAGGAUUAAAAUGACUUUGCUGUUUUAUUCCAUGUCAUGUAUUUUUAUCUGGUUAGUUCUUCGUUCAUUCUUUAGGAAUCAACCUGAGUACUCAAAUGGAUAUGUGUUCAAAAAGAUAAACACUCAUUCAUAUCCAAAUCCAUAUACACAAACUAACAAUAAUCCACAAACAAAAGAAAGUGAUAUUCCAUUUGGAAACUUCGGCUCUGAAGAGAUCCAUAAAAGACUACAAGCAUGUCCAAAAGAUAUUCAUACGGUUCCAAAUAUUGUCCAUUUUGUAUGGUUCGGAGAAGCUCAACUGAGGUUCCAUCAGAUGUUAUCAAUACUCAGUGCAUACCAGAAAUUGACGCCAUGUGUGAUACUUAUCCAUGGGGACGUGCUUCCCCAUGGAGAUUGGUGGGCAUACCUCAAAAGCAAGGUGCCAAAUAUGGUCCACGUUAAGAGAACACAACCAGAGUUGAUAUUUAAUGUAAAGUUGGACAGGAUAGAACACAAAUCUGACGUAGCCAGAAUUGAAGCAAUAUUAGAAUAUGGUGGCAUAUACCUCGAUACAGAUGUCAUAGUCGUCAAGACAUUUGACCCUCUGAGAAAGUACAACACAAGUAUGAGCAAAGAGAACGACAAGCAGCUAGGAAGUGGAGUUAUAGUUUCAACACCUAACAGUGAAUUUAUUAAACAAUGGUACGAAAGCUACCAAAGUUUUGAUAACACAAACUGGGCCUAUCAUUCAACUAUGGUCCCUAUGAGGCUAUCUAAACUUCACCCAGAGUUGAUUCACGUCGUUGGAUAUUUGAUGCAUUGGCCGAGUAUCAGUCAACUGUACCUGAUCUAUAGAGCUGACAUCACAGGGUGGAAGAGGAACUAUUGUGUUCAUCUAUGGUACAGGGAGUAUGAUAUUGAACAUGAUCCUCUCACUAUCAGGAAUUUGAAAACAACAUUUGGACAACUUGCUAGGAAUGUUUAUUAUGGAUCUCCCGAUAUCAAAUAGGAUUCAGCUUAUUUACAUAGGAAUCCCCUGAUAUUACACAGGAGUCCCCUGAUAAAACAAAGGAAUUCUUUAAUAGUAACAUAUAUAGGAUUCCCCUGUUAUCACACACUACA